AUGAUUCCAGAUAUUAUAAACAUUUAAUUACUUGGAGUAUAUGCUUCAACUGAAGAAGUCAAUGCUGUGGGAUUAUCAACUGCUCUCCUUAAUUUAAUGCCAUUUUCCAUAAUGGCUGGAACGAAUGGUGCCUUAGAAACAUUUUUGAAUUAAUGUCAUGGUUCAAAAUAAUACAGUCUUGCAGGUUAAUAUUUAAACACUGCUAGAAUUAUACUUAUUUCUGCAUUCCUACCGCUUUCGUUAAUUCUAUGGUUUAGCGAUUCAAUUUUGAUAUUUUUCAAGCAAGAUUUUAUUACAUCAAAUCUAGCUAACACUUACCUUCAGAUUCUUAUUCCUGGAUUACUGUUUCAGUUCUUAUUUGAUAUCUAGAAAAGAUUGCUCUAAGCCUUUAAGCUCUAAAAAUAUUUAAUGCUAAUAACACUUUUUACUUCAUUUACACAUUACAUUACAGCAAGAGUUUUGAUAGAAUAUUAUGAUAUGGGAAUUAUUGGAGCUGCGAUUGCUACAUCAUCAACAUAUAUAAUAAAUUACAUUCUUUCUAUGGUGCUAACCUAUUUUUAACCAGUUGUAUCUUUAACUUCAAUUGGAGUGUCAAUUGAUGGACAUAAAUUUCGCACUCUGAUAAAAGUUGGAUUUUAUAAUUUUAUGAUGGGUAGUUUUAAAUUUUGGAGUUAUUAAUACAUCAUAUUGCUCUCAGCAUAUAUUGGGAUGAUUGAGUAAACUGUUUUAAUUACACUAUUCAUGAUUAAUAAUCUACUACUAUCAUUAGCUAUCGGAGUUUCGACAUCUUUCAGUCAGCUAAUUGGUAGCAGUAUUGGUGGAAAGAGAUAUAACACUGCCAAAAACUAUGUUGUAUUUGUAUACUAACUUUACUUGCCUAUAUCUUUGUUUAUGUUUUUAAUUAUUUUUAUUGGUAAAGGAAAAAUUGUGCAAAUGCUUUCUAAAGAUGAAAUCUUUAUUGAAAAAAUGCUCUAAUUUAUAGAUUUAAUGAUUAUCGCAUUGUUACUUGAUUAUCUUUCAAUGUUUUAAAUGGGUAUUAUUAGAGGAAUAGGAUUAUAUUAAAAAUCAGUUAUUGCUUAUUUCUUUGGAUUUGCAAUCUUAUUAUCUCCGUUAGCUACACUUCAACUUUUGAUUUUUAAUCAAGGCUAGCAAGGAAUUUGGACUUCAUUAAUUGCAACUUUUGUUUUUAUAAACAUUUGUUAUGCUCUAAUUAUAUGGGGUCUUAAUUUCAGGUUCUAAUUUUAUGACGGAAAUAAUACUAUUAAACUUGAAAAAUAAGUAAAGUGUCAAUAGUAAUAAUCGACAUAAAAUAUUGAUGAAAAUGGAAAUAAUCAAUUUUUGUUAAUUGCAAAUCAUACUGAUUCACUUGUAAAAAAAGAUAAUAUUUAAUCAAUUAAUUGA